AUGUUAUCUGAACCUCAUACUUCUCAGACCUCCAUAAGAACAAGCCAAUCUCUUGAAAGUCUGGAGGUACCCUCUGUGAAAUGUGCUCCUCAAAUUAUUUCAACAAUCACUACAACCACUGCGCACUCUCCUUCAAAGCAGACUGAUGAAGGUCCAAGCACCAUGUUCGAGACUGGUGGAUCCUCUUCUAUUCCAGAAUAUUCUCCAACACGACCUUCUCUUGAUGAAGCUUCUAUCAGAUUAGUAAAACAUCUAGCUCAAUCUAGUCCAACCUCUUCACGCGGAAAAGGAAUAUCAUUUAACGAGGUUCGGACAGAUGAUGACAAAUCUUCUUCUUCUGAUCUCCAAGAAGAAAUUGGAAUUCUCCGUCAACAACUCAUUGAAAAGUCAACUCAGAUGGAUCAGCUUUCUGCACAUAUUUUUGAGCUCAGGGCAAAAGAUGAAGAAAAGACCAAACAAAUCAAGGAUCUACAAACGAGUCUUGGUUCUGUUCUAGCAAAUUAUUUCAAUCUCAAGAACGUAUUGUACGAUGCUUUUGGUGAGAAAGUCAGAGCCCUCUUCCAACAGCCUUAUGGAGUAGUUGAUCCUCCUUCUAUUCAAUCACCUCCUGCAACUAAUGAUCUACGUGUUGAACCACCUGUUCCAAGAACAACUACCAUUGUCGACAGAUUUGAAAAAGAACCUGAAGGAAGCAGAGCCAGAAUCACAAUCAAGCAGGGAAAAAGAAUUGUAACUGCAAAACAAAGCGAAGGCCUUUUAUUCAUGAAAAACUCUAAUGAAAAUCGCAAAUCAAAAGACCCUGUCUUGACAGUAACAGAUUUGAAGAAAAGAAAGUUUUGUGAUUACACCCAUGAUUUCAACUCUUGGACCAAAACUGAUCUAGCUGAAUUAUCCAUGGCCCCAUUCCAUAACCCCUCUGAAGAUCCUAAUGCUUCAAAUUUCAAAAGAUUCCUCGACAGACAGGUCAAAGAAAACUUUCCUUCAAUGAAGACUGCAAAAGCCCUAUACAAAAAGGACAAAGAUGUUCUUGAUCCAGAAACAGGCGAACCCAUGAAGAUUAUACUCUGGCCUGCAACUAAGAAACAAAAGGAAAUUCCUAUUCCUCAACAUUUUCAUAAGGGAUAUCUAGAUGACAUGGAAUUUUAG